AGCUGUCACCAUCAUAUCCAACAUAAUGGCUUCCUGUGAGGAGUUUGAGGUGACAGUCCACACCUCACCUGGUCCCACCUGUGGAACCUUUAACCGCCUAUGGCUCACUCUAAUUGGCUUGCAGGGGGAGACUCCACCCAUCACCGUGAACAAAGGUGAUCAUCAUCUCUUGCCUGGAUCGAUGUGUCCAAUUCGUGUCAAGGCCAACAGUCCUCUGGGUUGUCUGGUUCUGAUUCGGCUUCACCUGGAGGCUGAGACAGGAUUUCCAGACCUGGACUGGCACUGCAGCCGGGUGGAGGUACGCAGGCUGGCAGACAGACAGGCUGAGGAAGGAGGGGAAGGUGGGACGGCACCUGAGGAUCCAGAAGUACAGGUGUUCCUGUGUGAUAGGUGGCUGCGGACAGCAGAUGGUGACGUAGAACUGCGGAGUGGGAAGUUGUGCUUGCUGAAGGACGAGAAAGAAGACACCCUGAAACAACAGCGACUCAGACAGCUGCAACAUCAACAGAAGCUCAUCAGAUGGCGUAAGUUCCUUGAUGGUGCUCCACAGUGUGUUGACCUGAACAGUAUGUCUGAACUCGGGCCGAAUCUCAGCUACACACACCAGAGUAAAUCCAAUAAUCUGCACUUCCUGAGAGGCUUUGUUGGCCGUGUGGAGGCCUGGAGUUUCACAGAGCUGGACACGAUUUUUGCCCACAGUGGACAUCAGAACAAAAUUGCUAGGUUUGUUAAGACUCACUGGAUGGAGGACUGGUAUUUUGGCUACCAGUGUCUGAAUGGCUGCAAUCCUCUGUUGGUGCGUCAGACCCGCAUCCUCCCUCCAAACCUGUCCAUCACCUCUGACAUGAUUCACCCUUUCCUGCCUGAAGGCUCAUCCCUUGAGCAGGAGCUACAGAAAGGGACAGUUUACCUGUUGAACUACGAGAUUUUGGACGGCGUCCCAGCGAACAUGGUCAAUGGAGAGCAGACAUAUCUCUGCGCUCCACUGUGCCUCCUUCACCUGAACCAGCAGGGACAGCUGCUCCCCAUUGCCAUCCAGUUGCAGCAGACACCUGGUCCUCAAAAUCCAGUCUUCCUGCCCUCUGAUGGUUGUGAUUGGCUGUUGGCUAAGAUUUGGGUUCACAGCGCAGACUUCCAGUGUCACCAAUUGUCCUCCCACUACCUGAGGACUCACAUGCUGGGGGAGAUGUGCUGUGUGGCCACACUGCGACAGCUCCCGGAGAUUCACCCACUGCACCAGUUGCUGAUGCCACACGUCCGGACGUCACUACAAAUCAACAUACAGGCCAGAGGCUCGCUGCUGGCUACGAACGGUGUGUUUGAUAAGGCGAUCGGCUCUGGUCUGGAAGCGUUACCUGUUGUCAUCUCUCAGGCGUCAAAGAGGAUUUGUUAUCGAGCUCUGUGUGUCCCUGAUGACCUGAUAGACCGUGGUGUGGACAAACUGCCACAGUGCUACUAUGCCCAAGAUGCACUAAGAAUCUGGGACAUACUGUACAGGUUUGUGGUCAACUGGGUGAACCUGUAUUACAUUGGAGACGAUGAUGUCCAGCAGGACUCUGAGCUUCAGCACUGGAUCACCGACAUCAACACACAUGGAUUCAGACAAGACGCAGGUUUACCUCAGUCUCUCCAGACCAAAGCAGAAUUGUCAAAGUUUGUCACCAUGAUCAUCUUCUCUUGUUCAGCUCUACAUGCAGCUGUUAACUUCUCCCAGUUGGAUUUCAGCCUCUGGAUACCAAACUGUCCGGCCUCAAUGAGGCGUCCUCCUCCCCAGGUCAAAGGCACCGUGACAGAGGAUGACAUCAUAUCUUUCCUACCGGACGUGAGCUCGAGCUGUCGCGUCCUGAUGGUGUUGGCUCUGCUGUCGCAGCCUGCCAUCAACUUUGUUCCUCUGUGUCACUACACAGAGGCCAUUUUCAGAGAGGACGCCCACCGCCAGCUGGUGGGGGAAGUUCAAGCUGAACUCAAGGCCCUUUCUGAUAACAUCACAGAGCGCAACAGCAAAUUGGAGCUGCCGUAUGCUUACCUCUGUCCUGAACACAUCGAGAACAGCAUCGCCAUUUAAAUUACAUCUUCAACAUUAUUCAACAACAGUGAAAAAAGAAAUUCAAUCAACUAAACAGCUGUGUGUGAUUAUCUGUGAUUUCAAUAUUUAUUUUCCUGUUGAAUUAGCUUAAUUUUAUUGUUUGAAAAUUUGACUCAUUUCCUCCGUCGGACAAAAACAAAUUCAUUUUACUACAUUGUUGACAUUAUGUUGCUGAUAUAACACGUCUGAGACAAAAAUAUCUGUUUUUCUUCUGUUAAAGUAAACUUGUAGAUGGUUGAAAUGUGUCUACUUCAGAUGUAUUUUUUAUUAAGACUUACGUUAACAAAACUGCUGAUUCAUUUUCUUUUGAUUGACUUUUCAUCCACAGGGAUCUGUGGAGAGUUUCAAGUGUCUGUAAAUUGAUUUUGUUGUUAAUGAACAGAUACUAAAAGCUUACAAGAAAGAAAAACAUAAUCUGAAACACUGCAACUUGUUUUGGCAGUAAUAUGAAAUAAAACAGUUCAUAGUAAAUGUACUUUUUAUAAACCCAAACACUGCAAUUUUCUUGUGAUCAUUUCCUCUAUUCUUCCUGUUUUUCACUGAUGAAAACAAACUCACAUAG